AAGGGGGAGUGACCGAUGAAGAAAAAGCUCAAAGUAGGCUAUUCAUUGGAACAGUCAGAAGAGGCAAAGAGUAAGAGGGGAUUUGAGACAAACCUAGGAAGCCUUGCUGUAACAGGGCAAAAGUGCCCUGUGCCCGGCUCUGGAAUGAUUUUCCAUUUUCUGGGUUACACUGUUCUGGUCCUGUUAUUGGCAUGCUUUACUGCUGUGGCUGCUGAAAAUGCAUGUGGACCACCUGCUAGAAGGGAACGUGAACAACCUAUGGAAGAAUUGACUGCAGAGACAUAUGAACAUGGACACAUAAUAUCAUAUAAAUGCCGCCCUGGAUAUGCUAAAGCUUGGCCUAUUAAACUUCAAUGUAAUGAUGGAGUCUGGCAACGAUUGCCACCUACUAAGAACUGCACAGGAAAAUCUUGUGGCAGUCCUGGAGAUUCUGAUUUUGCCAGUUUUGAACUUACCCAGGGAGAGGAUUUUACUUUUGGUGCCCGUGUUGUUUAUAAGUGUCAUGAAGGGUAUAAGAUGCUCAGCCAACAUAAUUACCGUGAUUGUCGAGCAAAUGGAUGGACCAAUGAGGUUCCUCAUUGUGAAAUCAACAAAUGUCCUCCAAUAGCACCAGCAGGAAAUGUGAGGAUUAUUCAGGGUGCAAAAUCUCAAAUGAAUGAAGAUUUUUCAUCUGGUGAUCUAGUAAUAUUUGGAUGUAUUGGAAAGCUCAAAAUAAAAGGAGCUAAUAAAAUUACUUGUACAGCUGAUGGCACUUGGAGUGCACCUGUUCCAGAAUGUAUAGAAAUAACUUGCCAGGCAGACUAUAUUGAAAAUGGAAACGUAUUAUCUCCAAAGAUCACUUAUAAGGAAGGUGAGAGAAUACGAUUCUCCUGUAAUGAAGGAUACUCACAUGUUGACAGACAAGAUGCCUUAUGUACUGAGACUGGAUGGGGUACAAAGCUUCAAUGUGAAGAAAUUAAGUGUUUCCCUCCAGAAGUGACGAAUGGCUACCUUCAAUAUAGACGAGAUCACUAUAUGUACAAUGAUGAAAUUGAAACAAUAUGUAAUGAAGGGUUUGUCUUUGGAAGCCCCGGAAAGGUUUCCAAAUGCACUGCAACUGGUUGGCAUCCUCCUCCUGUCUGUAAACGAAAGGGCUGUGACUAUAUCCGUAUAGAAAAUGGAAGAAUGGCUGAACAGCAUAGACAAUUUCCAAUAUGGGAGGGACAAUCAAUUCAGUUUUAUUGUUAUGAUGGUUAUCUGUCUAAAGACAAGCAAACAUGGCAAACAGCAAGGUGCAUCAAUUCCCGCUAUGACCCAGAACCAAAGUGUUUCAAAAUCUGUGAUCCUGCUCAACGUUUUCAUUAUGGUCGCAUCAUUUAUCACUACUGGAGCUAUUACAUAGAAGGUGACAACGUUACAUUUCAUUGUGAUAUGGGAUAUUCUCCUGCAAACCAGCAAUCAUCAAUUACUUGCACAAAAAAGGGAUGGUCACCUGCUCCAAGAUGUAUCCCGCCAGUUGAACACACUUGUACGAAGGUUUCUCUAUCCCAUGGGAAUUUUGGAUCGCAGCAACAGAGUUUUCAGAUCAAUGCUAAAGCAAAAUAUAUUUGUCAUGAUGGCUAUACAACGUCAAAAGGAGAGACUGAGGCAGAGACACAGUGCCUUAAAGAGGGCUGGAGCCCAGAGCCAGAAUGUAUCAAGACAUGCUUAAAGCCACCUGAAGGUGAUUUUAUUUUCAACACAACUAAGUCUGUUUUCUUUCCUGGAGACAAACUUCACUAUGAAUGUAAAGAGGGUUUUGAAAUCACUAAAAAUACCAUCGAUGACACCGUAGCAUGCACUGAAAAAGGAUGGGAACCUACUCCUAGCUGUGAGGCCAUAGUAUGUAAUACUCCAUUUUUGGAAAAUGGCACAAUUGAACCAAGAGAGGACAUAUUUCACCAUAAAAUGGUGGUACAUUUUAAAUGUGAUGAAGAAUUCACAAGAGUUGGCUCUGAAUCUGCACAAUGUUAUCACUUUGGAUGGUCUCCACAGCCUCCAAUAUGUAAAGAAAAUGUUAAACCUUGUCGGGCAAUACCCAUCAUUUCAAAUGCCAUAGUUACUGAUGAACCUAAACCAGUAUUUCAGCAUGGUGAUCGAUUGGAAGUUCAGUGUGAGAUCUCAUUUGCACUAUAUGGAUCAAAAAUCAUAGAGUGUGUGGAUGGUGAUUGGGCACCCUUACCAUCAUGCAAAGAGGAAAUAAAAACUUGUGGACGACCUUCAACAAUUAAAAAUGGAUAUUUUCUCAAUGUUAAGUCAUCCAUAUACAGGCAUGGUGACACCGUGGAAUACAGAUGUACACAACAACAUUCCAUUAUUGAGACCAACCUAGCUAAGUGUCUUCAUGGGCAGUGGGAAGUACCUUCAUGUCUUGGUAAGCUAAUAAACCUACAGAAAUGAAUUUUAGGCUUGUCUUGGAAUACAUCAGUAUUUAUUAUUGACAUGAUUGCUCAGAAGUGUGAUUCAAUGGGAUAACAAUGGGAAUUGCUGCUAGGAAGUAUAGGUUAUAUUGAAUUGGUUUAUGCCAGUAUGGUUUACAGGCAUCUUAUUUUUCCUGUCUGAUCCCUAUUUAAAGAGGAUUUUCAUAGGGCCUAUGAAAAAGCAAUAUUUUAGUGCUUUUGAAAAUGAUUCAAUCUGAAAUAUAAUCCUGGUGGGAUUAUGUCUUUACCGUUAGACAAGAAAAAUCAAAUGCAUAGGUAUAGAAUAGGUGGCAUGUAGCUCAACAGCAGUGGACAACCACUUAAAUAUGAGUCAGCAGUGUGCUGCAGCUGCCAAAAAAGCCAAUGAAGUCCUAGGCUAUAUCACAGAGGAAUAUUAUCAAGGUCACAUGAAGUGUUAGUACUGCUUUAUACUGCUUUGGUAAGACCAUAUUUGGAAUACUGCAUCCAGUUUUGUUACUUUGAUAAAAAAAAAAAAGAUGUUGAGACUCUAAAAAGGAUGUAGAGAAGAGUAGCAAAAAUGAUUAGGGGACAGGAGGCUAAAACAUACAAUGAAUGGAUGCAGGAACUGGGCAUGUCUAAUCUAACGAAGAGGAGGAUUAGGAGUGACGUGACAGCAGUGUCCCAAUAUUUGAGGGGCUGUCACAGAAAAGAGGAGUCAACCUAUAGUU